GGACUGAUGGCGUUGAUGCCAUCGCUGUGGAAAAUUUAGGUCAAACUUUGUGUCUGGAGGAGGUUUGACGAGGGCGGAAUGGACAGCAAUAAGGGCAGGACGAGUAAAUCCUGUAGUCAGCGUGCAGAUGGCGUCAUUGCGAAUGGCGCUCUAUCGGAUGAAAGCUCGGACGGCUCGGAGCAGCCCCCAACCCCUCCCAGCUCGGACGGCUCGGAGCAGCCCCCAACCCCUCCCAGCUCGGACGGCUUGGAGCAGCCCCCAGCCCCUCCCGUCUCGGACGGCUUGGAGCAGCCCCCAACCCCUCCGAGCCCAAACAAGCCCCCAUCUCCUCCCAGUGUGUAUGGGCCUCCUCAACCUUCGCGUCCAGGGCCCCAGCCUCAGCCAUCACAGUCACCUGCCAAUGUCACUCGUCCAGUUGUGAAUCCCGUAACCCCUCCUAGCCCUUCGCGUCCAGGGCCCAAGCCUCAGCCAUCACAGUCACCUGCCAGUGUCACUCCUCCAGUUGUGAAUCCCGUAACCCCUCCUAGCCCUUCGCGUCCAGGGCCCCCGCCUCAGCCAUCACAGUCACCUCCAGUUGUGAAUCCCGUAACCCCUCCCAGCCCCGUGGAACCAUCUUCACCCAGUCCCACAGAAAAUCCAUCUCUGGUAUUGGAUUUCAGCUGCACUGCUCCAGAUCCGGGAGCUUCAGUCGCAGAAGACUGUAGCAUUCAGGAGGGCCAGAAGGUAGUUGCUGUUCUGAACGACCUCCGAGUACAAAGAGGUCUCCCUCCCUUCGAAACAUCGGCUGCUCUCCAGGCAGCUGUACGUCUUGAGCUCCUCACACUGGUGGGAUGUGAUGUUUGCAAUGAGAGGAGUGACAGUUGCAUCAAGAACUGCGGGUCUAAGCCAAGCAAACAGCGUCCCUUUUGUCGUGACACUUGCGUAGAGGAGUUUGAUCUGUGCAGGGAGACUGAGUGUUCCCCUCUCACUUUCCUCGAUUGUUGUUCUUGUUCUAAUCCGGCCCGACCAUCUGUCGGCAGGCAGUUGCAGCGAAGACCUAGUCCGGCUUCCUGCAGUCGUGUUGAGAGCAGACUUCCCUCUUCCAGUGCACAAAGGACUGCACAUGACAUCAGUAAUAACAGGUCUGUGUUUGAACGGCGGAAUAGGUGCGCGGCUUGUGCCACUGCUCGGACUAGGAACCAAACAUUGGAUGGGUGGGACUUCGUUACGCUCUGCAGAAUUUGCCGAAAAUGUUGAGGUUGGUCUGCUUCCACAGUCUUCCAGACUCCCCUCCGGACACCGUGUUGAAUUGCACUCUAGUUUAUCUAACCAGGUCGUGUUUCAGCGGAGGCGGAACCGCUGUGUGUGUCAUUUAACUGCGCUCUGAAGUGCUGCCCCAUGGCCGGACUUUGUUAUGGCAUUGCCCCUUUUUCAUUACUUAGUCUAUAUAUCUAUCUAUCUAGCUUGCUAGCUAGCUAGCUAUGAGCUAUCUUUUCUCUUCAGAAUCUUCUUUUCUUCUAUCCUUAGGAAAACUUCUCCCGACGCAAUGCACAUGUGCGCAGCAGACACGUAACUGAACAGGUCAAGUGCUUGAACUGUCAUGGCAUCAGAGGAACACAAUAAUGUUAGGUGUACUCUUUCCUUUUUAGUUUUUUUUUGUGCUUUUUUUUUUGUUGUUGUGCUUUUUUUUGUUUUUUCUCCCCUUGUGCUUGUUGUGCAUUUCUGCAGUCACAUUUUACCCGUUUGUGUUCUUUAAAACUUUUUUUUUCCAUAAAAAGUGUGACAGACUGGAGAUGUAUCCCCAGGACCACAGAUGACUGGACCGAGGUUAUUCCGGAUUUUUUUUUUUUUUUUUAAUCCAGAUGAUUUAAUUUAUUAUUGGUAUUAUUAUAGAAUCUAGAUGAUAUGUCAUCAGUUUCCUUUUCUUUUUUUGUUUUUUGUUUUUACAUGAGUUCUUUCUUUUUGUUGUUUGUUUUUGUUCAAGCAUCUGCUUUGGUGCUCCUACUACCGACAGGGAUAAGUGUAAUGAACCCAGUCUGGAUUCUGGAACAUAUUCGUCAAAUGUCAAAAUACAAGGUAACUCAAUGCUGAACAAUGUCUCCAAUAAUCACGAAUGCGAUCUCUGAUACAAUAUCUUGUAUCCAACGGAAGAAGAGACGAGAGGGGGAUUAGACAGUUUAUGACCACAGAGGUAGUAGCCCAACAAUUCCCUCUCCUUCUCCAGGCUUCCCCUCGCCUCCACGUCAGCAACAGUAUCCAGUAGCGACCCUGACUGGGCCUGAUCACAUCAAAGUGCCACGUGGCACAGUGCUCCCGUGAAGACGUUCAGCAGCGCACAGUAUCGACAUCAACAUCAGGGAAAGAGGAAGACGAAGCAGCAGCAGGGUACUCGAAGAAAUAGGAAAACGAAGGGACAGAGCUCUACAGAAACGUCAAUCUAUUCAAAAUGAAAAGACUUAGUUCUCAAUCAGCAGCGAUGGGUAUCUUUCAUCAGCGUCGGCAAUUCUGGCAAUGGACUUCAAUUCUACUUCUCAUGAUUGUACUUGUAUUGGAGUCUGCGGAGCUUUCAUCAGCAGCGCAGCUGACGUCCAAUGCAGAGGAUGCAACUAAUUUCCAUGCAGAGCCAAUCGCCAGAAACUGGAUGUCUACAAGUGAGAAGAGAAUAGCCUAUAAGGAAAGAUGGAUUCCCUCCAGAAAGGAGAAUGUGGACGAUACUGAAGUGUGGGACGUUGGUAGGUUCCUUCAGGAAGAUCCCACCCAAUCUAUGAAGUCAGAGGUGACGCCAACUGCAGAGAAAUCACAGAAGCCCCUCACCCCAGGGGACUACAAUUAUGAGCCCCCGACCCCCAGCAAGUCACCUUAUAGCCCACCCCCUCGCAAGUCAGAGGAUACCCCAGCCCCUAUGAAGUCAGAGGGUAACCCGACCCCUACCAUUGCUACCAAGUCAGAGAAUA